AUGGCUGUCCCACCAGAGACUAUCAAGAAGAUCGAAGAUGGUUAUGAGAAACUUCAGAAUGCUAAGGACUGCCACUCGCUCGUGAAAAAGUAUCUCACCAAGGAAGUCGUUGAACAACUCAAGGAUAAGAAGACUGCUCUUGGAGCUACUCUCCUUGAUGUUAUUCAAUCUGGAGUUGCCAACCUUGAUUCCGGAGUCGGUGUUUACGCACCUGAUGCUGAGUCCUAUACUCUCUUCAAGCCACUCUUUGAUCCCCUGAUCGAAGAUUACCACAACGGCUUCUCUGCCGACCAAGUUCAACCAGCUACUGAUCUUGGAGAGGGCAAGACUGCCGAUUUAGUCGAUCUUGACCCUGAAGGCAAAUACAUCAACUCCACCCGUAUUAGAUGUGGACGCUCUCUUGCCGGAUACCCAUUCAACCCCUGCUUGACCGAGGCCAACUACCUCGAGAUGGAAGCCACAGUCAAGAAAGUUUUUGAUAACAUUACCGAUUCCGAGCUUGAAGGAAGCUAUUAUCCUCUCGAUGGAAUGACCAAGGAAGUCCAAAACCAACUUAUCAAGGAUCACUUCCUCUUCAAGGAGGGAGAUCGUUUCCUUCAAGAGGCCAAUGCUUGCCGAUACUGGCCCAAGGGACGUGGGAUCUUCCACAACAAGCAAAAGACUUUCCUCGUCUGGUGCAAUGAAGAAGAUCACCUCCAAGAUCACCUCCGUAUCAUCUCCAUGCAAGAGGGAGGAAACGUUGGACAAGUUCUUGAGCGUCUCAUCAAGGGAGUCAAGACUAUUGAAACCCAAGCUCCAUUCAGCCGUCAUGAACGUCUAGGAUGGCUCACUUUCUGCCCAACCAAUCUUGGUACAACCGUUCGUGCUUCCGUUCACAUUCGCCUUCCAAAGAUCUCUGCUAAGCCUGAUUUCAAGACCAUCUGCGACGGGCUCAAGCUCCAGAUCCGUGGAAUCCACGGAGAACACUCCGAAUCUGAGGGAGGAGUUUAUGACAUCUCCAACAAGGCUCGUCUUGGUCUUACUGAGUACGAGGCUGUUAAGCAAAUGUAUGAUGGUGUUAAGCAUCUUAUCGAGCUCGAGAAGAACGCUUAA